UUUAAGGACCCUCAACAAUUACAUGUUGUACAGAACACUAUAAUUUAUGAUGAUUAAAAUGUGAUAAAUGUUGCUUAUUUAACAAGAAUUGUGCAGUUUGUGGCGUAACCAAAAUAUAUGCUUCGUGAAUAAUGAUUCGACUAUUGCACUUGUGUUCGAGAAUUUCCAAUGCUAACACACGAAGGUUUCAUAACAGCAGUUGUGUGCUAUACGUUUGGGAACCAUAUAAACAAGAUUAUCCAAUAAAAUAUGAUGAGGUAGAGAAACCAAUAAAGUUGAGCUUGCUAGGAAGGUUUAAAGCAGGUUGUAAUGAUAUCAAAAGAGAGGGUUCUUUAUUUCUGAAAGAAAUGCGAGACUUUUUCAGAGUUUAUCCAACUAUGAUAGUACCAGAAGUAGAAGAUAUAAUUUGGAAGUUUGAUGGAACCAAAGAAUGUCGGAAUCAGUGGGUCCUAAGCUGUGACAGCGAUUAUAAUGAAGGUUACUCGACUGCUAAGCUAGAGUUUACAAAUUCCGGUACUGGGCUGUUUCAUGGUCAUAUAAGUACACGUAUACCUAAGGAUGGUAAAAUCGGGAGAGCUGGUUAUUGUAACAUAAUGACCGUACCAAAGACUAAAUCAUUUCAUAGAAAAUCUAUGUAUGAUUUCUCUUCUUACAAUACUUUGGUUUUAAGAAUUAGAGGAGAUGGAAGAUGUUAUAUGUUAAACGUGUUACAAAGAGGACAUUUGGAUUUAACACGCGAUUUUUGUUACCAUUAUUUAAUGUACACCUCAGGCGGUCCUUAUUGGCAGCAUGUUAAAAUACCAUUUGCAAAACUUGUAUUUGCCAUAAAAGGUGGGGUACAAAUUCAUCAGAAGCCGAUGCCAACAGCACUGGUAACGAAUUUCGGAAUCACGCUCGGCGAUAAGAUUGAUGGGCCUUUUCAAUUAGAAAUUGAUUAUAUCGCAGUAUGUUACGAUCCGUCUGUAUUAGAGACAUGUGCAUAUGAAAUGGUUGAUAUCAGAAAGGCUUAACUAUUGUAAAUAGAAUAGAUUUAUAGAGACAGUAAGAGUGUAUUUCUUGUGCUCAGGAAUAAAUCAUACAUAAUGUACCUAGCGA